GUCCAGGAUCAGACUGACUGUCCAGCCACAGGAUAGUUCAGGUGGAGAAUCAUACAGAGUCCACAGCCUACUAGACCAGGAUUGGGACCAGGAUAAUCUUGUCUCCCUGUUAAUUUUGUCUCAAUGACCUAUCCUCUCUUGAGUAUCCAAGUUCCUCUUUAUCCUUAAUCCAAGAAUUUUCAGGAGUCUUCAAGAGUCUGGUUGAGGUGUGAUGCCGUGGGUGGUGCCCACCCAGCGCGAUUGUGUGGCGUUGUCAGCGUCACAACGGCAGUGCGAGCGGACGGCAUUCUCAUUCUACUGCUCAGUGCGGGAGCAGCUGCCGGUCUGGAUGCUGGAGGACAUGCGUUCCAUGGAAGUGUUCUGCUGGGACGACUGCGGCCCUCGAGCCUUCCUGCCCUCAGAGGCACUGCUUUACGCGCUUGUGCAUGACCACCAGGAGUAUGCACGUUUCCUGCUGGACAGGUACUCAGUGAGUGCACUCAGAACGCCCCGCUGCAGCUUCUGCUGCUGCUGCGGUGGCACACCGCUCCUGACUGUUGCAGUGCGGUACGACCGCGUGGCCAUCCUUGGCAUGAUGGUGGAAACUCUGAGGGAUGGUGGCGCUCCAGAGUACCUGGACAGUUGUGGUGGCUGUGCCCACGUGGCUAAUGCUGGGAAGACAGCAGUGCAGCUGGCACUGGAGUUAUCCCAGCCCCGCUGCCUACUGUUGCUACUGCUCCACGGCGCUCGCCCAGAUGGCCUGGAGUUGGCGUUGCAGCGGCUCAUCUCCUGCGAUGCCGCAGACCACUGCCAGGCCCGGCGCUGCCUUGACUUCCUGUUGCUCUUCUUGUCUGAACCACUGGCGCCGCCACGUUGCCUGCAGGAUGAGGCGCAACACUGGAAAAGACUGCUGGGAAACCAGCUAUUCAGCUGGCUAAGUGGUCUGACCCCACCCCCUCUGCUGCUGCAGGCACUCCGCUGCGUGGCCCGGUCCGGAUCGGACCGGAUCAACUCACUGCCUGACUUUCUGCAGUUGCACGGCUGGCACUGAUGUCAACGCUACCACGGAAACAGCUCUGUAGAAUGUGAAUGGACACUUUGUAGAUGAUGUAAAUAUAAUGUAAAUGGACUGUAAAAAUAGCUGAUCGCUGAACAAUACUGAACUAAACUCAUCAGGCUCAUUUAGGACCCCAAGGAUGCAGAGACACCAGGUGGAAACAUGGAGAAAGAGUUUCACUUCUUGUUUCCUCAGAUGGACUAUGUUUGUCAUGAAAGGACACUGAUCAGAACUGGGAGUUUUUGGACUGUACAGGUUAUUCUAAGGUUCUGUUGACUUCCUGUUCACACGUACGCUGCAGGGGUGCAAGUUCUUGAUGAGCUCAGAGCUCAUUAGAACCUCAGAGUUCUAACUCACUGAACCAGAACCCUUAUCAGCUUGUUGCGAUGUAAAUGGAAAUAAAAACUACCUUUGA